AUGGCAUCAAACAAACUGACAAGCAAUGCUCCUUCUUUGGAUCCUGUCAAUGAAGAGUCACAUGUCCGCAAAGCCACGGUUAAUGACCUGGGAAGCGGAGAGCAUUUUGCAGUAUAUACACGCGCACUGGAAAGAUUCGACUUUGAUCUCGUUCGCCGGUAUCUGGCCGCCUCGCCCGGGUCAAAGGUAUUCAAGGCUGGAUUGAUCGAAUUAAUGGCCGUAUCUGUACAUCGAAUCGCUGCGUAUAUCUAUAAGCUGGAUCUAGACGUUGGCAGCCACAAAGCACUACUCAAGGCAGACAACGACGCCCCGACAUUCUUCUUGCACAGCCAGUAUAAAGACAUCGAUCAAUAUCCUGAUGGAGUGGCCGAUGCCGUCGGUUACUGGGCUGAAGCUCAGAUAUUCGGUGGCGUGAUACUGUUCGACCGGCGACAGCAAGACGGACCCUCGGCAAAUCUUCUCGAUCCAGAAGAGUGGGAGGACUUCGAGUUCUUCUUAUCUCAGUAUCGCGCUUUACAGCAACACUUUCAAGAUCCCUACGACAUAUAUUUUCAUUCCAACAAUCGCAAUGUAACAUACCGAAUCUGGCAGCUGCUUCCAAAGCAGAGAAAGGACCUAUUUGAGUUUCUCUUGUCGGAAACAGGAGAGGUCAAAAGCUCGUUGCCCAUACUCCCGAGCGAGAAGAACCUUUUUCGAGUCGACCCGGAGGAUCCAGUCACCGAGACGCGCAUCUAUCGAGACAUUUGGGAACGGAAACCCCUGGGUGACGAUGAUGGCGACGCGCGCAGGCAUCACUGUCGUGGUGACAGGGUCGAGUACCCCUGUCGCACGGACGAAGAGAGGUCUAAGGGCAGAGGGUUCUUUCGGAAUGAACUUAUCUGGGAGAUCAAAUCGCUCGAGGACCGGGCCCAGGAAUUAGCAACGGCGAGGGCGCAGGGCACACAAUCAGCCUCGCCGCCAACUGAAGAAUGA